CCUCCCGACCCGGCCUCCCGGGGUCCGCCCGCCGCGCCCCGGCCGCUGUCCUUGCCUCGGGAAGACGCCUGCUAGAUUGUCGCUCGAAAUCCCUGUUGUUGACCGUUGUUGGUGAUAAAGCGCGCGCUGAGGAAUGGACGCGAUUUCCCAGACUCCUCUGUAGUGGAAACCACAGAAGAAUUUAAUCUCUUCAAAUUUCAUUCGUCGAUUUGUUUAAAAAUAAAGCAUCAUCUUGAUUUUUCUUAAUUGGUCAUUGGGAUCUUAACAAGAAUGGAGAUAAAAUUAGAAGUUUUGACAUCAACAAAUAUCAAGCAGAAAAAACCCUGGCCAAAAAUUUCCUGGUUGGGACAGGAGAAUGAAGCUGUUUUUCUUUUGGAUGAUAAAUUCAUAAAUGAAAUUAAUUUGCUAUCAGGAAAAACAAAGAAGAUUCCGAGUCUGCAGCCUUUGUUGAAGGAUGUUUUUGUCCUGACAACGUCCAGUAAUGAUGCCUGGCUGGCUGGGGUACUCACCACAGGGGACAUUUUCCUUUGGAACAAAGAUCAGGAUUGUGUAAAAUCUAUACAAGUAACUGAAAAACCUAAGGAUGUGAUUAAACUUGCAGUAGCCGGCUCUUCAAGACUACACUUAUAUGUAUCUGGAAAUGGGAAAAGAGUUCUGCUUGUAACACCCUCUGGAUGCAUGUAUCUUUGGGAAUAUCUAGAAUUAAAGAAUGUCUCAUCUUCUAAAUGCCUCCCUUUGGUGGGUCGGUGGUCCCAGAUCAUACCUGAAGAAGCAGUUCUUUUGCCUUCCACUGAAGAUAAUGAAGCUGUAGUGAAUGCUGUUUUUGUAAAAAAUGAGUUAUUUGGAGAUUGUUGCUUGUGUUCGUUUACUUUUUAUUCUGGGGAAUCCCUGAAGCUAACAUUUCUAGCAGUUCGGUGGCAUGAGAAUGUAUUUACACCUACAAGGUCAUCACCAUAUUGUGUUCAUUGGGCACAACAAGACCAUCUUCUAUGUAGUCUAAAUCCCAAAUGUGAAUCAGUAAAGUCAAAAGGAGCUCUGAUUUCUUCCUUUUCAAGAGAUGGCCUUACCUUGGCAGUGACUCUUAAUCAGACAGACCCAAAGGCAACUCAGGUAUUAUUUAUAAACACAGUGAAUUUUGUUAUUCUCUAUGGCAGCCUUAAAGGAUGUAGCAAUAAAAAUCCUAUAGUUCCAGCUACACUUAUCAGGUCCUAUUGGGUAGGUGACAUCAGCUGGACCCACGAUAAUCUUUUUCUAGCUUGUGUGUUAAAACGUGGCUCGCUGGUUUUAUUGACCUGCCAAGGCGAAUUGCUAACAUUAAAUACAUUUGGUUGCUCUAUAGAAUUUGGGCCAGCAGAAUUUAUUCCUCUUCAUCCACUUAUAACAUAUAGACCACAGCAGUUUACAUUUCAAGAUUCAAAUAAUUCUGUAGAUUCAUCAGCUUCUGAUGACCCUAUGAGACAGAGAUUUUCUAUAAAAGCACAUUCUUGGCUACCCUAUCUCAUUAUUUCUGAUGGAUACAUGGUCACAACCCUUCGAUUUCUUGAUAACCUGUCUCCGUCAGUGCUCAUGCGAUCACUUCUACUUGAUUCAACCCAGAGACUUGAGAAGACCUACCAAAGUGUGAUACUGUCUAAGCCAAGAGUAAAAGGGCUGAACUUGCGAUCACUGGAUUCCCUCAGAUCUAGCCUAUUAAAGCAUGGAGGAAGUGAAAGUUCAGUGGAUUCCACUGUCCCCAAAUUUUUGCAGGCAGAAGAAACAGUGAGGUUAAAUGAAGAAACAGCAGAUUUUCAGAAUUUUGAAGCAGAAGAAACUAACGAAGGCAAACACUUUCCAAACAACUUACUUCCUUUUUGGAACCGAAAAAAUGAUCCAUUGUUUAACAGUGUCAAGGAAGGAAGAUUGGAAUUUGCAUCUAUGUUUGAUACAAUGCAUGCAAAGGAUGAUACCAACGAGACAGAUAGAACCAUUACAGAAGUGUAUUCUAUCCAGAAAAAUCUACUUGCGGCGUGGACUAUAGGAAUUUCAAAAAAUGUGACUGAAAAAAAAUUAAUGUUAAAUUAUACAAUAGUUUGCAUCACUCAUUUUUUCUAUAUUCUUCAAUUUAUAAAAUGUCCUUUCCCCCAAAUUGACCUUUUUUUAAACAAGAGCCUAAAAGAUAAUGCAUGGGUACUUCAUAUCUUUCAACUUUUCCGUCAGUGUUUGUCCAUCCAGUAUUGGGAUGUAAGAUACAAACAAGAUCUAGGACAUUUGAUAAGACUGACCUCAAAUACUAUAACGCUUUUACUGACUCAGCAACAAAAGGGUCAGUUAUUCUCAGAGAAACUUUUAGCCUGUUUUUAUUUACUCAGAAUGGUAGCUGAUAAUUUAAAUGGCAUGUACAGUCUUCAACCUGAACUUAUUUCAUCAUCAGCUAAUGGAAGUAAAGCAGCAGAACAAGAUUUGUUGGUGUUACCUAUUUUUCAAAUGUUUCAAGACUGUGGUUCUCAGGAAAAUUGGUCUUGGAACUCAUAUUUCAAGAUUCAUCCUCAAGGAACAAAUCUGGUUCAACAGCCAGGUCACAGAUUGAUUGCUCUCUGGAGAAUACUGUACAAAAAAACUUUAUGGUAUCAAGCACAAUUAAGUCAAAGAACUCCUAAGGGUGACAGACAGUUAACUGAAAAGAUGACACGUGAAGCAGCUACUGUUAAGUCACUGUUAUGUCACAUACAGGCUGAUUUACAGACUGCUGGAGAUCACUUGAAUCAGCCCUUAAAACUUACAUCUCUUGAUGGUGAAGAGAGUUUUCUGUUAGGAUCAUAUGAAAAGGCAGUUCAACUGUGGAAGAAGACCCUUCAAGAAACCCAAGAGAAAGGAGGAAGGAGAAUUUGUUUGCUUCAGAUACGCUAUUAUCUUUCUCUCUUGUACUGCCAUCUCUAUACCUAUAAUUUAAAUGAUGCUCAAGGAUUGUGUGAUCAGCUGGUAAGAGAAAUACUGAGAUGGUCCCAACUGCCUGUAAAAGAAAAUGAAGAUUAUUUAGGUUUUGAGAAGCCUCCUGGUAAGUCUGCAGGAGCUGGAAAUGUCCAUCCUGAGGCAGCUGUCAGAGUUGUCCAGUCCAUGGCUCGUUUCAUGGCUGCCUAUUUCACCAAUCAGAUGCUUGGUGUUUUGCCACCUCAUAAUGUCAGUGUUCUUCCUCCACUUCAUGUUAAAACAGAGCAGUCCCUUCGAUUUAUUCCUCUGCAACACUCUAAGGUGGCGAGUGUUGUUAGAGAUCAGAAUCUUUCUGAUGUGUGGACAGUUGAAUAUGCCCUUGAAUUAUUAUUUAUUGGUGGCCUAGUUCCAGAGGCUGUGUGGUUCGCCCAUAGACUUGGAGACUGGAAGACAUCUGUUUCAAUUGGUGUGGCCUUCCAACUGUUCCAUAAACAUGAUUGCAAUUCCGUGAGGUCCAAGAAAAGAGGUCUGAAUCUGCCAUUAAAUAUGAGUCCAGCACAGAUUUUCCAGGAAAAACUGCAGUGUUUUUUAGGUCAGCCAGCCUUGUUGGAAGCAAAAAAUAAAAUGGGCUCAAAAUAUAAACAGUUUACAGAUCCUCUUGAAGAAGAUGCAAAUCUGCUGUUUAGUUCUGUGCAGGAGGUCCUGAAAGCAUCAGCAAUGGCUGAUGCAAAUAUUGUCUCGGAGACACUUCAGCUUCUGAUGGACUCUGCUAAGGACUUCAGUAAGAGACUGUGGGGCUUGGUGCCCGUCCGCUUGUAUCUUCCAGCUCCUCCGUUAUACUGUCCCCAGCCAGCCAUUAGCGAAGAAGAUGAUGAUGACCUUCUUUUAAAAGCUGAAAAAGAUAAUCGUCAAAAGGUGUCUGGAAUCCUUCAGCGUAUUCUCUUGCUUUUCCGGGCAGCUCGGUGUUCUUUUCCUAUAGCACAGUGGUACAUCUUGCAGCUGAGGUGGGCAAGAAAAGUCAUGCAGAAGAUUCGUAUGAAAGGCUCCCUCCCUUUGCUGAGUCCUUUCCCUGAGUCCUUACUUAAUUACUGUAAAGGAGGUGUAGUGUUCUUUAGACCUGGAGCAGCUGGAGACCACAAACUUGAUGAUGUUUCCAUUAGAGCAAUAGACUGCUUCAGAGAUCUCUGUGCCUUGUGCUGGGUACUGCAUAUCCGUGAUAAUUUAUCCUACAGUUGCAGGCAGUAUCAGAAAGCAAGAGAAAAUAUGAGGGGAGAAAAGGACCUUGAAGUGGAAUUCGAUUCUUGUGUGGUUGAGCACUGUCUGGGUGCGGUGGAAUGGGCUUAUCGAAUGCUACCCUUCUCUCGGUUUUUUAAUACUGAAGAACUUAUUCAGGAUAUAAUUUUGAGCCUUAUUGGAGAACUGCCACCAGUCAGAAAGGUAGCAGAAAUUUUCGUGAAAGCGUUUCCCAAUCCAGAGGAUAUAAGAGUUCCUUUAAGAGAAAAAUACCACUCUCUUCAGCAGAGACUCAGACACUGUGUUGUGAAAGGUCCCCAGACUGAGGAAAUGAUGUCUGUUGUCAUGCAUUCUAUCUAUAAAGUAAGGGUGAAAGCCCUAAAACGUGUGCAGAGAAAUAUAGGUUCUUUUGAGAUGAAUAUUUGGGAACCAGUUGAAGAAGAGACACCAGGCGAGGUGCCAUGUUUCGACAGAUUUUCCCUGGGGACAAGCUUGAGCAGAAGCACCCUCACAGAACUGGGCAGUUCUGUGGUGUAUAGUGAUGUGGAUACCUUCUCUGAAGCUUUGUCAGUUGAAGAAAGAAACAGGCUGCCAUUCUACCAAAGGAAUACCCCAAGUCAUUCAGAAUUAUCAUUAGUUGAUAAACCCAGUGAUGAAAAGAAAAUUGGUGAUCAGAAGGAGAACCCUGUGAAGAAAGAAGAUCACAAAAAGUUAUCACAAAAUACACUUCCUGUAAUAGGUGUUUGGGAAUUUGAGCGAGAUGAUGAUGAAUAUAUUAAAUUUCUUGAUCUCUUUCUGAGCUAUGUUCUUGAAAGAGACCUACUCAGUUCCAGAGAUCCUGACAUUCCAUUUCUAACCAGCUUCUCUGGACAGCUUAGAGAACAUGAACUUAAUUCUUUAGUUUUUGAUGUGCAUACAACAUUAAAACGACGCCAGGGCAAAACCAAAAGCCAGAAUGUGUUUAAAGCUGGCUCCUGCUUUGUUCCUGAGUCAUAUGAAUCUGAAAAAUCAUCUGUGUUAAAUGACAAAUAUGCUGUAAGUUUAGACAACCAAGCACUUUCAGCUUCGGAACUCAUUAACCAAGGGAUCAGACCAGUUUUAGAGAAUCCAUCAAAUGAAAUCAAUAAAAGUAAAGAAAAAGGAGGAUUGUUUGGUUUAAAGCAAAAGUCAAUUUACAGAAUUCAAGAUGGUAAUCAAGAGAAGUCUCUAAUCCCGGAAUCAUCAAACCAUAAGUUUUGGACUUCUGAGUCCAUUAAAACUAGAAAAUACAGUUAUAAAGCAAUUCAGUACAAUGAUAGCAACCCUCAGCUAGAUCUUCCUCUGAUGCUGAAGAGCACAUACAGCAGUGUAGGAAGACUGCUGGAGUGGAUGGUAAGGUGGUCUGAUCGAAGGCUUCUCUGUGAUUCUGGGAUCACUCAGCCAUCCUGUAAAUAUAGUCCAGUAAUUCGUGUAAAGACCUCUACAGCUGCCAUUCUUACCUCUUUGUGGCUUUUGGAACAACCUUAUUUUGCUACAUAUAGGGCAAAAAAUGCUGUUGUUAAGGUGCUAGAGAAUCAGUAUGCUGUGUCUCAGCUUAAAUCCAGUAUCCAGAGGGACAGCAACACUGAUGUUGGUUGUUCAGCUGUAGAAGCAACUCAAGGUGUAACUGAGGAAAGUAAUGACUGGAAUGUAUUGAGUCAAAGUGUCUUCAAUAGAAUGUCAAAUGAAGCAGAAAAUCCUGAAAUAAAAGAAAUCAAUGAUGAGGUUAUUUUCAUCACUCAUAACACUGAAAAAGAAAUUAUAGAUACCAAUGGGAAUCUUUUACAAGUAGAAAUGUUUACACAGGAAGGAAUGGAUAUGCACAUAUCAUACUGUGAAGAAGAACCUGUUGGAAGUCCCAAUAUUUCCAUGUGCGUGCAGACUUUAUCACAGCAGUUAGAAAAAUAUUCGAGAGAAGAGGUUCAGUGUCCAAGGGAAGAACCACUGGAGACAAAUGUGGAGGAAAAAUCUGAACAGCAAGGUAUGAUUGAAGCCUUUGCAAAUCCUGAGCAUACCACUUCUCAUUCAUUUUGUGUAGAUACAAGUUCAGAAAUUUCUAGUGAACAGAUUUCUGCAUCUAAAGAUAAGUCUUCCUCGGUUCCUCCUCUGGUAUCAAAUGGAGUCAGUGUUACUUCACAAACACCUGUUCCAACACCUCGGAAGACCCACAGAAAUGAACAUGGAGCUCCAUUACCAGAUUCUUCAGAUUCUGUUAGGCAGAUGCUCCAAGAUGAAGUGUUUAAAUUAGUUCAGCUGCAGCAGAUAAACUUCUUGAGCCUAAUGCAAAUUGUAGGACCAUCCUUUGCUAACCUCUCAGACACACACCACCUUCUCCAACAGGCUCAGUCUGUGUAUCUGGGGGGAAGCCAAGUAACAAACCCCACAAGAGGGAGUGGUGAUGUUGAAAUCAACAACAGUAGUAGAAAUCCUAAGAAGAGAUUUUUAACUAAACCACAGUCCGUGGGAGAAGGCGCCAGGUUGCCUGCCAAGAACAGCCCACAUAGCCAUGAAGGAAUUACUCAAUCUGAUCAAAAUAGCAAUGGAAAUAUACAGAAUGUUCCAUGUGGGAGUAUUCCUUCAUGUCAAUUAGACAGCCAACCCCAGAAGAGAGGACUGAGCCCAGCAUCUGAAAGCUUAGCAUCUGCUUUGCUUUCUCCAGCUCCUGCUGGACACAGUCAUCCUCACCUUUUGUCCACCCCUUCUGCUGCCCAGAAGACGCCUAGACUUAUCCCACCUGCCAAAACACUUAGUCCUGGUUAUGGUUUUCCUUUGCUUCAGUUUCUAUCUAAACCUGAAUUCAAGCCCCUUCCUUUGUAUGUAGGAAGGGUUCCAAAUGUUCCCUUCAGGCCUCUGGCCCAACCGAGAGAAGCUUGGGCAUUAACUGGUUCCCUCCAGCCUCCUCCACAACAGAGAGUAGUACACGCUAUCUCAGGAUCCCAUUUGAAUUCAAGCCACUGCAAUACCGAAGUCAUGAAAGAAGCAGCUGACCAGAAGAAAUCGACAGAAACUGUGAUUACAGAUGUCCCUAAGCACAUGAAUGUCAAUCAAUAUGUUGAACAAGAACACGUGACUCCUCAACAGGCCUCUUCAAUAUUUUUAAAGCCAGAAAAUCAAUUUGGUGUUAAGCCAGGGCUCAAUAAGUUACCUCCUCAAAAUUCCUGUGGACUUCCAUUAUUGCACUUGCAAUUUAAACAUCCUUACAUAUUUUCAUCAGUCUCAAGAGCAUCAGUUACAGUUCCCUCAAUACCUGUGAGAACUGCAGCAGAAGAGAAAAAAUACCCACAGCUAUUAGUUUUUCCACAUCUAACCUCAGAAAAUACGUACAAGAAACUACAGCUUAUUCCACUUGAAAAUCUCAUUGCAUUUAAACAAAGACAGCAAAUAUUAACACAUAAUUUAUUUGAACAAGGUGAUUCUGGUCACCUUCAGCUUCUCAAGGUCAAAAUGGAAUCAUCUGAAAUAAGACAAGGAAGGAACAAUAAAAAAAGGCAGAGAAGACGAGCUGAGAAAGAGCUACAAGAAAAAAGAUCUGAGAAAUCACAGAGAAAACCAAGUGUACAAGAACAUCGCAAUUCUCAGCCUUUGGAUAAUUUCAACAUUCCUUUUGAAAUGCUACAAGAUGAUGUUACUACUUCAGCCGGAUUGCAUUUCGUGGCCUCUGUACAAAAGAAAGCCAUAGGAAGUCAAGAUGCUAGUACAAAUACAGAGCCAGCGCAAGAUAAUGAAGCUGCUUCUCAAGAAGCUAUCCCUGGAAGUGGUAAAAAUCAACAAAUCAUUUCUUCUGCCUUAGAACACAAACCUUUGAAUGAUAAUCAGCUGUUGAUCCCAGAUGUAUUUCUAAAUGUCAAACUUUCUACUGAGAAAUCAGAGAAACCUUUGUUACCUUCAACACCUCACAUGGUAGCAAAUGUGGUGGGACACACUUACAUAAAUGUGAUUGACAUUGAAGCCAGUAGCCUGCAGGAGUUACCUGUCAGAGAAGAACCUGCCUAUGAGAGUGUCAGCAAGCAGCAGAGUGGUCACCCAGACAUCCCCUCAUCUGCCGAGUUACAUUAUAUGGCAACGUCAGUCACUAAUGCUGUUCUCCCACACAAUUUUAAGAGUGAAGAAUCUGCCAGUUCCACUGUGGAUUUAUUUUUUAAACCUACAAAAGUGACUCCAACCUACCUGGAAGGAAAAAGCUGGAGAACAGCUGUUAAAGAAGUGAAGGAGCCUGGGAUUUCCUCAACAGCACAAGCAAACAGGCAGCAAGACAAAGAUCUGCCUACACAAGGGUUCCAACUCAAACUGCAGAGCACAGAGUCCAGCUUUGCAGAGGGUCAUCUGCUGAGGAAUCUGCUGCAGGAUGUCCCUGCGUCUCACCCUGCACCACACCCUGCUGCUCACCGACUGCAGCUUCUUUCUGCUGAGCUUCAGAAAAUGGACGAGCAGCUGUUGGCAGUGCAGGACAUUGCAGAAGACAUAGAACGAAACUUCCCCAGAUCUGAAAUGGUAAAUCUGCACUAUGGAAAGGUUGGAGAAUUGGAUCACAAUGAAUUGUCUUCUGGCCCUGAAUUUGAAAAAUUAGCUUCAAAAGCCAUUAGCAUUUCUGAAGAAGUGCAUCUCCAAACUCACAUGGAUGAGGAAGAGCAAACUGACAAAGAGGAGACUUCGGAAGCUGAAUGUUCAGUAACAGAAAAUCAUUCUAAUCAGAAAGCCCGUGUGUUCCCUUCUGCGGACUCAGCUGUCAGCCUUUCCAGUGGCCAGAACGUUACUUCUCCUGGUAUUGUUUCAUGUAUGAAUAACAAUGAUGAAUUAUUUGAGAGUGUUUCAGUAGAUCCACUCCAGAUGACUGGACUGACUGAUAUUGCAGACAUUAUUGAUGACCUCAUAACUAACUGUGGUGUUUCCAGUGAAGAGCUUGGCUUAACAGAACAACAGGUUCGGAGCAUCUCUAGGAUUCCACAUUCUUCUGGCAGCUGUCCACAAAGAACUGAUAAAGAGAGAAGAGAAAUUCGAGUUUGGAUGAAAAGAAAAAGGAAAGAAAGAAUGGCAGAAUAUUUAAAUCAGCUGGCAGAAAAGAGAGGGCGAGAACACAGUCCUUUCUGCCCCAGAGGCAGUCCAUUUUACAUGACUUCAAGGGAAAUCAGGCUGAGACAAAAGAUGAAGCAUGAAAAAGACAGAUUGCUACUCUCUAACCACUAUAGUCAGAGACUCUCACAAGCAUACAGUCUGAUGAAUGAACUACUGUCAGAGUCAGCACAUCUACCAGCAACUACACAGAAACCUUUGUCUAACAAACCCAGCACUGUUCAGCAUUGUGGACAGCAACGCUGCCCUUCUCCUAGGCGAGAGAAUCAACAUGAACACAAUUUUCCAAUAAAUCGACCUGGAAAAGUCAGAUAUGUAUCCAAAUCAAGUUAUACCCAUACAAGGAAACCUCUUGGACAACCUCAGGGCUCACUUCGGCCACAUGGAACUGCCACUUUUACCAUCCAGAAGAGUGUGGGUGAAACCAAAGCAGCAGUAAGGAAAGCUAUACAGUCUCCAGUUACCUUCAGGAAAGGCUGUAAUGUUCCAGGUUGCAGUGUGCAGCAUGCAAAAAACCACAGGCAUGCUGGCCUUGCAGGUCCAACAAAGGAGGUACGAAUAGAGUAUGAGAGAGAGGAGAUGGUGGUGAGCCCUUGGACCUUACCUGAAGAAAUCUACAAGAUUCUCCAUGAGAGUCACAAUUCUCUUCCACAGGACUUGUCACCAACUGAAGAAGAGCUUGAGCCUCCUUUUGGGGUGUGUGGCAUGGACAACAUGUCUGAGAGCACCGGCAGCAUCCUCAGCAAGCUUGACUGGAAUGCCAUUGAAGACAUGGUGGCUGGUGUGGAGAACAAGAGCCUGUCUGUCGAGUGGACCCCUGACCUGUAAGACCUGGAUAUCAAUCUGUGUCGAGGCACCAGCCAGCACCUCAUUAAUAUGGUUCUGAAAGGCUUGAAGGGAGCAGUGUGAAUUUAUCACCUGCAGCCAUGUUGUUACCUCGAUUUUCCCUUUUAAAAGGGAAAAUAAAACAUUUCUCAAUCAUUUUGUCUUCAUCGGGAAAGGUUUGUUUAACUAUAUAUGUACUGUGUUUUUGCACUUAAUUUGUCUUUGGCAUAAUUUUUGUUUUGAUUUUUGAGACAAGGUCUCGCUGUGUAGUUCACUCGAACUCCUACUGAUCCUCUUGCCUGGACCUCCCCAGUGCUGGGAUUACAGGCACGUGCACCCACACCCAGCUCUAUGUUUGGCAUAAUUUU